AUGUCCACAAAAUCAUUUAGGCAAGUCAACGAGAGCUUGAACCAAAGAAUUCAGCAAAAUCCAUAUGGCCCUAACCCUGCUGAUUAUCUUUCCAAUGUUGGUAAUUUCCAAUUAAUUGAAAGUACUUUAAGAGAAGGAGAACAAUUUGCAAAUGCUUUCUUUGACAUGGAAACCAAGAUUAAAAUAGCUAGAGCUCUAGAUGAUUUUGGCGUUGACUACAUUGAGUUGACUUCACCAGUGGCAUCGGAACAAAGUAGAAGAGAUUGUGAGGCUAUUUGUAAAUUGGGUUUAAAAGCUAAGAUAUUGACUCAUAUCAGGUGUCAUAUGGAUGAUGCAAGAGUUGCUGUUGAAACUGGGGUCGAUGGAGUAGAUGUCGUUAUUGGUACGUCACAAUUUUUAAGAACAUACAGUCACGGCAAAGAUAUGAAUUAUAUAGCACAGAGUGCAAUCGAAGUUAUAGAGUUUGUCAAAUCAAAAGGAAUAGAAAUUCGAUUUUCGUCAGAGGACAGUUUUCGAUCAGAUUUGGUUGAUUUGCUAAAUAUAUAUCGUACAGUGGAUAAAAUAGGUGUCAAUAGAGUUGGUAUUGCCGAUACUGUUGGCUGCGCUAAUCCAAGACAGGUUUAUGAGUUAGUGCGUACUUUGAAAUCGGUUGUCAAUUGUGAUAUCGAGUGUCACUUCCACAAUGAUACUGGUUGUGCUAUUGCCAAUGCUUAUACUGCUUUAGAAGGUGGAGCCAAAUUGGUUGAUGUAAGUGUAUUGGGAAUUGGUGAAAGAAAUGGGAUAACUCCAUUGGGUGGAUUUAUGGCAAGGAUGAUUGCAGCUGACCGCGAUUAUGUCUUGUCCAAAUACAAAGUGCACAAGAUCAGAGAUUUGGAGAAUUUGAUUGCUGAAGCAGUGCAAGUCAAUAUCCCUUUCAAUAAUCCAAUCACCGGGUUCUGUGCAUUUACACAUAAAGCAGGUAUUCACGCAAAAGCCAUUUUGGCCAAUCCGUCAACUUAUGAAAUUUUAAACCCAAGUGAUUUUGGAUUAACUAGGUAUAUUCAUUUUGCUAAUAGGUUAACUGGAUGGAAUGCGAUCAAAUCGAGAGUUGACCAGUUAAAUUUGCAUUUAACGGAUGCACAAUGUAAAGAAGUUACUGAAAAAAUUAAAAAAUUGGGUGAUGUGAGACAGUUGAAUAUUGAUGAUGUUGAUUCUAUAAUCAAGGAUUUUCAUUCUGACUUAACAACACCUUUAGUUAAACCAACUAGUUCUGGAUUACCUAAAGUUCCUCACAUCUUGGAGGGACUAAACGAAUCUGAUGCAUGA